AUGGGCCAUCACUGCUGCAGCAAACAGAAAGUCAAGAGAGGGUUAUGGUCUCCUGAAGAAGAUGAAAAGCUCGUCAAUUACAUAACCACCCAUGGCCAUGGUUCAUGGAGUUCUGUUCCAAAACUUGCAGGCUUGCAGAGGUGUGGAAAGAGUUGCAGAUUAAGAUGGAUAAACUAUUUGAGACCAGAUCUCAAAAGGGGUUCGUUUUCCUCACAAGAAGAGAGAAUCAUCAUUGAUGUUCAUAGGAUUCUUGGCAACAGAUGGGCUCAGAUAGCCAAGCAUUUGCCUGGCAGAACAGACAAUGAGGUCAAGAACUUUUGGAAUUCUUGCAUUAAGAAGAAGCUCCUUGCACAAGGUUUAGAUCCCAACACUCACAAUCUCCUUCCUUCUCACAAAACUAAUGAUAUUCACAACAAUGGCUGCAAUUUCUCUCAUACUAAUCCCAAACCCACUUCACUUUUCUCUGUAAAUUCACUAAUGGCAGAUGCUUCUGUGGACAUGAACACACCAUUUUCCACAUUACUUUCUUUUCCGCCUACCGAUAAUAACUUUUCCAGCCCAACCAUACCAAUCUAUGAACUCCUAAACCCUAAUGCUGUAUGGACAAACCAAGAGCAAAAUCCAAGUUCUUUAGUGGGAAGUGCUUCAUCAGUAUCUUCUUCUCUCUUAAACCCAUCUGGUUUUGAUAGCGUACAAGAGAACUGCAUGUGGAGUGGUAGCUUUCAACCAAUGGAGAUCACAAAACAAGAUGAAAUGUUGCAGCCAGAGCAACAAGUACUGAAGCCACAGCUAGAGAUGAAGGACAGUGAAGUGGAAAUUAAGAAGGCUGAUAAAUUGAGUGAUGAGCGGAACAAUAUGGAUGCUUCAUUUGUGAACUCAAACUUUGAUUUUGAUUUUAUGGAGUCCACACUAAUGCCAUGCGGUAUGUUUUACAAUGCUAGUCCAAUGGAUCAAUUUGCAUGGGAUUGUUAG